AUGGCAGUUCCAACUAAAGCAUUUCCUGGUCAACCACAACCAAACCCAAAAGGUCAUGUUAAUGCUAUCAUAUUGCAAAGUGGGACAGAAUUAGAUGAAUCGGUUGACCCAAGACUCCAAAACCCAACUAUGUAUCAAAACUCUGGUAAAGGAAUUGAAAAGGUAAACGAACCAACCAAUGAUCUAAAGGAAGACAAAAACGGAGAAGCAGAAGAUAAAGAAACACCUUAUGUGCCUCCGCCACCAUACAUACCACCUAUACCUUAUCCUCAAAGACUUACUAAGUCCAAAAAUGAAGGACAAUUUAAGAAAUUUGUAGAACUUCUGAAGCAGCUUAAUAUCACUAUACCAUUCACAGAAUCCAUUACGCAAAUGCCUUCAUAUGCUAAAUUACUUGAAGAAAUCUUAUUUAAUAAGAAAAAGUUUGAGGAUAAUGAAACAUAUAUGCUUACUACUAAGUGUAACUCUACUAUUCAAAACAACAUGCCUCCUAAGCUGAAAGACCCAAGUAGUUUUUCCAUACCAUGUGUAAUCGAAAAGCUUAUCAUAGGCAAAGCUUUGUGCGGCUUAGGAGCUAAUGUUAGUUUAAUGCCUUUAUCCACAUGCAAGAAACUCAAUUUAGGAGAACUAAGACCAACGAAGAUGUCUCUACAACUAGCUAACCAUUCUGUUAAAUUUCCAAUAGGAAGACCCUUUUUAGCCACGGCUGGCACUAUCAUAGAUGUCAAGAAAGGAAAGCUAACUUUCGAAGUUAGGGAAGAAAAAGUCGAAUUUAUUUUAGCUCAAUUCUUACAGGUGCCAUCUAUAGAAGAUUCAUGUUGUCUAUUAGACGUCAUCGACAAAUGUGUGAAAGAAAUUGAGAGGGAACCAUUUAAGUAUAUUGAAGUACUAAAGGGAUACUCAGGAUUCUUCCAAAUUCCUAUUCAUCCUGAUGACCAAGAAAAUACUACCUUCACUUGUCCUUAUGGUAUGUUCGCUUAUCGACGAAUGUCGUUUGGACUGUGUAACGCUCCUGCAACAUUUCAGAGAUGUAUGAUAUCAAUCUUUGCUGAUUUUAUAGACGACAUAAUGGAAGGAAUCGUACUUGGACAUGUUGUAUCCGACCGAGGAAUUAAAUUGGAUAAAGCAAAAAUAGAAAUUAUAGAAAAUCUCCAACCUCCGAAAACCGUUAGAGAAAUUUGCAGUUUCUUAGGACACACCGAUUUCUACCAACGACUCAUUAAAGUUUUCUCUAAAAUAACCAAACCACUAACGGGCUUACUAGUGAAAGAUGAUGAAUUCAUAUUCGAUGAAGAUUGCUUAAAAGCAUUCGAACAUCUGAAAAAUGCUCUUAUUACCGUACCUAUUAUGCAACCACCCGAUUGGAGUAAGCCAUUUGAGAUAAUGUGUGACGCUAGUGAUUAUGCCAUUGGCGUUGUCUUAGGACAAAGAAAGGAUAAAAAGGUUCAUGUGAUUUACUAUGCAAGUAGAACCUUAGACAACACACAGAUGAACUACGUCGCCAUAGAAAAGGAACUCCUAGUCAUUAUGUUCGCUUUUGAUACAUUUUGUUCCUACUUAGUGGGAGCAAAAGUAACUAUUUAUACCGACCACGCCGCAAUUAGGUAUUUGUUAAAUAAGAAGGAUGCCAUACCAAUACUAUUAAGAUGGAUUCUGCUUUUACAAGAAUUCGAUUUAGAAAUCAAAGAUAAGAAGGGCACCGAAAAUGUGGUAGUAGAUCAUCUCUUUAGGAUUGAGGACCUGAAACCCGAACAAGUGCCCAUCAACGAUGAUUUCCCCUACGAUCAACUUGUAGCCUAA